AUGGAUAUCCCCAAGACGCUGAAUGCGAUUCGACCUUUGCGCGGAGAUACCAUCCCUAUUCGGACUGUCCAGGAAACUCGUCCAGUUGAGGAGUUUGGUGACGCUUAUGUUGCAGAGGUCGAUAUCAGAGGCGCAGCUAAAUUGAUCAAGGCACUCGAUUCCAAGUAUCCCCGCGACGCGGCUCUUCCUCUGUCACAUCUACGACGUUUUGCCAAGAGAGAAAUCUUGCCCCCGACCCUUCGCGCAGCAAUUGAAGCUGCAGGCUCGCUUGGAACAGCGGACGUGAAGACUAUAUUUGUUGUCAUUUCACCUCCUUUGCCUGCCUCGGAAGAACUACAGGAGCUGCUUGCACCCUUUGCUCCGGGCGCUUUUAGCUUCGGGCCUUCUGGCGCCACCACACCUGGAUCUUCCCCCGAACCAUCACCUCCAAAGAUCCCCAUAUUCACUAUCCAAAUUCCUCUUCAGCCUCCUUUUAACCUUCAACAAGCUGAACGCUGGAGCAGUACCCUCUGGCCCGUCGUCUUUAACCCCGCUGCACCCCGAUCCACUGUCGCUCCGCCCCCUCAGGUCCUGAACCGGGCACUGGAUAGCAUUCAACCUCGUGCAGGAUACUAUCUCUCCCUCGCGCGCAAAGUUGCCGCUGAAGCAAAGUCCUCAGGUCGUGGCCGUGGUGUCGGAGCCGUCAUCGUCGAUCCGUCCAUCGAAGCCGCGAUUGAGGCCGCUGCGGAAGAGAGUGGCGAGUCCAGUGUUGAGCAGUGGAUGAACGCUGUCAUCACCGUCGGUGGUGAUGUUCGCUUCGCCCGCUCCGAAGCUGGAAAGCCCUCCCAGGCAGAUCUGCACCAUGAUGCAUCUCCCAACCCCGCAUGCGCAGCUUUCGAUGCCGAUCUGGAGGGUGGACCGGAUCUCCACGCCAUGAUGCGAGCCAUUGAACUGCUUUCGCGCAGACGCCGCGAGGACCCAAAUAACUACGAUCCAACAAUUCCCGAAUUCAUUGCGCAGCCUGUCGUUGAGACGGAUCCCCAGCUUUCUUUGCAGCUCAGUCCUCUGGAGUCGUACUUCCUCUCUCAGCCCAUCAUUCUGGGUACCGCCGACAAUGCUUCUACUCCCCCUUUCGACCAACACCAGCCUGAAUCGUAUUCGGUAUCUCCAAAGAAAAGGAAGCAUGAAGAGCCGAAUCCCGAAUCCACUUCCGUUUCUCUAGACCCUGUUGACGCCGACUCGUUCAGCCAGACCGCCCACGCCAUCCCUACAACCCCUCCUCUCCCAGCGCCUCCGCCACUGGCCGUCGCUGACAUGGCCGAUCCUACGGUCCCACACCACCCCAAUGACGCCGCGAAUGUUACUUCUGCCUUCCCGGUGUCGGGUGCGGCUUCUCGUAUUCGCAGUCGUGCGCAGGGAGGUUAUCUCUGUACGGACCUUGACGUUUACAUUUCCCAUGAGCCAUGUGUUUGCUGCUCGAUGGGCAUGCUUCUCUCGAGAUUCAGAGCUGUCAUCUUUCCACGUUCGGGCCGGAUGAAGACCGGCGGUCUAGCUUCUGAGCCUUGUGUGGCUCCUGUCCCGAAUUGCCGGGAAGCGGAUUCGGUUGAAGAUAAGAAAGAUAUUACGGAUGAAAAGAGCGAGGAUAUUAUUGGUGACCGUCAUUAUUAUGGAUUACAUUGGCGGAAGGAGUUGAACUGGCGGGUUUUGGGAUUUGAGUUCGUGGAUGAGGAUGAGGAUGAUGAGGAGAGCGAAGGAGAUGAUGUGGUUUUCAAUGCUUAA